AUGGUGCAGCGAGGUCGCAUCCUCCGAGGCAUGCAAGUGUUUAUCAAUAAGGGGCUUGCCUCCACCGUCAUUCUUGAUGACCUCGGCACCACCGACACCGAGUUCACCUUACCUCUGAACGUCUCUCAGGUCGAAACCGAGAGGUUCCUGGAUACAUGUCUCGACAAGUACAACAUCAAGGUCGAGCGCCCCGUCGCCGCCACCCGCAUCAUCCAAGACGAUUCGGGAGUUACCAUCACCCUCGAACGCCCGGAUGGGAAGGUCGAGACAAUCCGCUCCAAGUACGUCGUUGGCUGCGACGGCGCCCAUAGCACGGUCCGCCACGCCUCCGACAAGAUGACUUUCCCCGGCGGCGCCUACCCCCAAGACUUCGUCCUCUGCGACACGCGCCUGCGUGAUUCCUGCAUUCCCGUAGAUCGCCUGUCUCUCGCCCUCAACAACAAGGGCAUGGUCGCCAUCUUCCCUCUGACACGACGUCGUCGCGUAGUCGCCACGCGCAGCUCCAUCCGCAUGGAGAACCAGCAAGAGCCAGAAGCCACGCCCACCCUCGCCGAGCUGCAAGCCUACUUCACCACCAUGACCCCCGCCGGUAUUUUGACGGGCGCCUCUUCGUCGCUCGUCACGGCCGCCCACAUCCAAGUCGGCCUCGCCGCCGCCGCCCCUCGCCGCCAUCCACGACGACCAUCCAACAAGGGAGUAGACGGCUCGGCUCACCGCACCUUUCCCCUCGCAGGCUCAGACUUCAACCCAUCCGCACCACCAGCGACCAACACCACCACCACCCACCACCACCACCCUUGCCGCCCGCCGACGUCCUUCCUCGACAGCUACGACCUCGAGCAGCGUCCCGUCGGCCAGGCCCUGCUGCGCGGCACCGACCGCCUCUUCACCUUCAUGACCGCGCCAGGCGCCCUUUUCGUGCACAUCCGCAACUUUGUCCUGCGCCACGUCGCCCCGCGCGUGGCGCGCAGCGCUGCGCGCCGACGGCAGAUGUUCCUGUUCAUGUCGCAGUUUGGGGUGAACUAUCGCGGGCGGACGAGCUUGGUGGGUGAGGCGGGCCGUGGUGGUGGUUGGUUUGGGGGCGCGGGGAUUAGGGGCGGGGAUCGUUUGCCGGAUGGGGUGGUGCGUGUUGGUGGUGGCGGUGAUGGUGAUGGUGAUGGGAAUGGGGAGAAGACGAGUCUGCAGAGGAUGUGUGUUGGCGCGCCGCAUCACUUGUUGCUGUUCUCCGGCGAUGCGGCGAGGGGCGGCCGGGGGGAGGCCGACUUGGCCAUGGCGGCGGAGAGCGUGGUGCAGGCUUGCUGGGCGGAGGUUCAGGUGCACUACAUUGCCGGGGAUGAGAGGGCGGCGCAGGGCGAGGACUGGUACGCGGACCCCCGCGGCGAGCUGCACCGCUUGUUUGGUUUUGGGAAGAAGGCUGGUUAUGUGCUGGUCCGGCCGGACGGGUAUGUUGCGCAUAUCGGGCCGCUGGCGAAGUUGCCGCAGUUGCUGUCGUUUUUGGAGGCGUAUCUGGUCUCGUCGGUCGUCACCCCCCGCCGGGCACGCUUCGGGUUCGUGUAUCCCCUUGCGUGGGCGGUGGUGGGUGCUUGUCUGGCUGUCAACCGGAAGUGGGUGGCAGAGGUUGCUCAGAGGCUUUGGCAUGUUGCCUCUGGUCGAGCUUGA